AAAAUUUUAUCCAAAAUAGGAUGGACGAAGAGACUAUUGAAGAGUAUUGCCAAGCACUCGGUCCCUCAGUACCGCAAGAUAAUGACCUGAGAAAGCAAGCGGAGGCUUUUAUUAUUGAAGGGAUGGAAACUCCUGGGUUUAUAGCAGCCAUGCUGCACAUCUCAUCGAACCCAGAUCUCAAUCGUGGAAGGAAGAUUGACAUCUCCCAAGCAGCUGCAAUCCAGUUUAAGAAUAUUGUUGAGACCCAUUGGAAGUACAAAGAUGAUGAAUAUGCAAAGGAAAUGAGGGAAGAUGGGUAUAAGGUUAUCAUCAUUCCUGAUGAGACCAAGACUUAUGUCAAGGAAAAUAUUCUCACCGCCUACAUCAAUGUGCAUAGUGAAAAAGUAGCCAAACAGUUUGAUUUCAUUGUGAGAUGAGUUACAAAGCAUGGCUUCCCAGAUAAAUAUGAAUAUGAAUUUGAUGUCAAACGAGAGCCCUUAAAUGAGAUAGCAGAUAUACUGUUCCCGAGGCUCGAAGCUAUAACAACAGAGAUUUGAGGAGAUAACUCUGGUCAAGGAUCCAGACUGAAAAUUUUAAUUGGACACUGAUUUUACAUCUCAAAUCAAAUAAGCUUGUGAAAAAGAUAUUUGGACCCUUCAAUGCUAGAUUUUAUUGUUAAAUUUAAUACAAGUGCACUUGAAGCUGAGAUUGAUAACAGCCUCACACAGCCUACCGAGAGCAUCGAGGAGAUUGACCACAGAGCUGAAAGUUUCCAGUGGAAACUGAAGAAAACAGCCAUGAACUUUCUCUUUAGAACCUUCCAAAAAUUUAGCAAUCCCUAGUAUGUGAAUGAAACAAUGAAGCCAAUUGCCGAACACCGAAUUAAUAACUAUGCUGAAGGAAUUAUCGAUCAGGCAAACACUCUUAUAUCGGAGGCAAAAUAGCAUUUAUAUUG